AUGGCUGGCUCACCCAAUUCCAACCUCCGCGCCUUCAACCACGCCGUCCACACCCUCCUCAAACAACCCGCCCAGUUCCUCCCACACCUCACAAUUCCAACCUUCACGUAUCUCCCAGAGGAACUAGGGCCACACCUUGUCCCUUCAGACCCAAAUACCUCAAAGACAAAAAUCCCGACAAUCAGAGCCCUGGUCCUAGACAAAGACAACACGCUGUGCCCCCCCAAAACAACAACCUUCCCACCCCAAAUCCUCUCCAAACUCGCCGCCCUCCGACAAUCACCAACAUCCCCAUUCCGCCACCCAAACAGCAUCCUUAUCGUCUCCAACCGCGCAGGAAGUCACUCAAAAUACGACCAUGAGAUCUCAUCCCUAGAGUCCCAGCUCGCGCACCUCUCAAUCCCAGUCUUCCGACUCCCCAAUGGCGUGGAGAAGAAGCCGUUCUGCGGGGACGAAGUUGUCCAAUGGCUUCGAGAGCGAGAAGUUGUUGAUUCACCGGAUCAAAUUGCCGUUGUCGGGGAUCGUUUGGGGACAGACGUCGUUAUGGCGGGCUUAAUGGGGUCGUGGAGUGUUUGGUGUAAAGAGGGUGUUUUUGAGCCCGGUGAGGUUGGGAAGCCCGAGCGUAAUAUCUUAGAGAAGAUGGAGUUUUGGGUCGAGAAAUACUUGAGGGGGAAGGGUUAUAAGGCACCAAUGCCGAGAGGUUGGGAGGAGGCGUAG